GACAACGCUUUAAACUAUGAAACACAUAAAACUAAACACAAAUUAACUAAAAAAUAUUUUUGCCAGUCAUAAGUAUACUUACAGACUUCAGGCUUCAGAUGCUGCUGUCAAGCUUCUGUGGUCUGCUUUAAACAAGGCACUAAAGGUCUUAUUGAAGGAGAGCAUUGUUUUGAUACAAUCAGACAUGAGUAAAUCACUCCUAGCUAGAUUCGGCUCACGGAUAUACUGCAUAGCAAGAGUAAGCACACGCACUCAUGUUAAAAGAUUCUAUGCAACAGAACUGGAGAAGACCAACUCUGGAAAAAGUUUUUCCACAACAAGUGACAAAGUAAAGCAGUUAAAAGUGAAAAAGACUCUAAUAUCAUCACAUUUGCAGCUCCAUGAAAUAGAUUAUUCAGAGAAGGUGAGAGAUAUAAAUUAUGGCAAAAGAAUGGCACCUCUGGUCAUAAUAUUCAACUGGCUCAGUGCCAAGCCUACAGCAGUACAGAAGUACUCUGCACUGUAUCACAGUAUUGGUUUAGAUGUCCUGAAUGUGCAAGGAAACUUAGGCAGCUUUCUGUGGCCCCCCUUUGGCUACAAAAUAGCACUUGAACUAUAUGAGUACCUAAAAGAACACCAAGCACCACAUAGGCAGUACUUUAUUCAUGCUUUCUCGCUGGGUGCUUACAUCUACACCAUUGCAUUGGAGCAAGCUGCAAGAAAACCCGAGGAGAGCGGACAUUUUCGAAACCAUGUCUUAGGACAGAUUUUUGACAGCAUUGUGAUUGGAACAUAUGAUAAUAUGUCUCAAGGAAUCGCUCAGAUUCUUCCCCAAAAUAAAGCAUUUCAACUGGCUGUUUUGAAGACGCUGGAUUUAUAUUACAGAAUUACUCACAGGACCACUAAGGACACUUAUGACCGUCUGGUAAAGUGCUUCAAAGAUGAGCCUCUUUGCGUGCCAACACUUAUUUUUUACUCUAGGGAUGACCCGAUGUGUUGUGCUGACACCAUGGAUACAAUGUUAGCAUUGUGGAGGUCACAGCAACCAGAUUUUCCAUAUGAAAGUGUGUCUUGGCCACAAUCCAGACAUGUUGCUCACCUCAGAGAACAUCCUGAGGAGUAUUUAGCAGCAUGGACCAAGCUCAUGAGUCGGCUACAAUUAGCUUAGUGGCUGGAGGACUUGCAUCUGUUGCAUAUUAAAUUGCUGUUUGCCACAAGGUUUCUAAGUCCAUAUCUGUGAUCUCUCUACUGUCUUCCCACAUCAACUACAGAUCCUAUAGCUUGUGAUUAUUGCAGCAUAAGUCAUGGUCAUGAUUAUGUCAUUACAGUUCCUGUCAUUCGCAAAUCACACCUGGCGACUGGCUUUUGGUUUCUAAUACUGUGCCCACUUCUGUAGGGGGAAGAGAACCUACAUGUGGUUUAAUAUGUUCCAAGGGCCAAAAACCUGUGUAUUUUUCUAGAUUGUGCUCAGAAUUCUGCUGUACACUAUAUGGUUGCACAGUACAAAGCAACAAUGCUUGUGAAAAAUGAUUGGUUGAUAAAAUCCCAAUUAUAUUAUUCCAGGGACUUUGCUCAGAAUUUAUUAGCUGCUUUAUUUUGAAUCAGCAAGAUAUACUUUCUAGUUUUCUUAUUGUGUCAGCCAAGAUUUACACAUUCAGGCAAAAGUGAAGCGCCAUGGGCUGUGGUAGGUGCACAUAUGAAAAAAGCACAUAAAAGUCAGAGUCCAAAGAGGCAUCAUGGGGUAUGGUCAAUUUACACUCUACCAUUGACUUAACAAGUCAGAUACGUAACUAAUCAUGUAAUGCAUAAAUAAUGGGGAAAGACCAUGAGAAAUAUCACAUAAAACAAAAACGGAAACCAAUGGCACUGAUUACUUCACAAUAAGUAAAAGUUACCUGCAUGUUAAAAAGUGUUUUAAUGGACCAGCCAUGAACAUAGUUCUGUCUCUAAUGGGUCCUACCACAGACCUUUGGCAAGGAGAUGCGCGUAUGGUCAGAAAUAUACAAAUCGCCGGACUUGAAGAUACUUCCUCCUCAUGAUUAUCUCCCUCUAAUAGAAAAAUUAAGGACAUUGAACGACUUUCUGGUGAAUAAAUUAGGGAAAAUGAGAUCCCUAGAAAUGAAAGGUUCUGUAGACUCUAAAACACUAAGAAUGUAGGGGAUGAAUUUCAUUAUCUAUUUAGCUGUAAAAAAAUUUCUGACCCGUGUAAAAAUAAUUGAUCGCCUUACUAUGCUCACAAUCCUAAUGCUUUUAAAUUCUCAGGGGGAUGGGAUUGGUGUUUUAUACUGAGCCAGCAACUAAGACUAUAUCACGGCAAGGCAGCCAGCCCUGUAAACAUAUACCACAUGCAGAGAAAGAACAGCUUGCCAGAGACGAGAGCUUAACCCAGGACAGCCAAUCCUCAUCAUAUUGGUGACAGGCACUAACUGUUGCACCACUGGACUGCCCCUGCUCAUAAAUUCCAUUCAUUAUAAACUUCAAAAUAUAAAAAGACCCUCACAAGAUUAGCUCAAUUUGUUAUUAUCGAGGACAGUGACCUAAAAAAAGAUUAAUAGAAUGUGUAUCUGUGAGAUAUAUAUAUAUAUGUGUAUGCCUUCGCGUGUUUAUAUUCUUUCUUUGAUUACAAAAGCAGAUAUACUUUAUAGGGUUUCAAAGGGCUAGAAGAAGAAAAGAAUGAAUGAUACAGAAAAUUAUUUGUUAACAUAUUAGCUGUUAUAGACCAACCAGUGAGUGUUAGCGAGACUUAUUUUAUAGACAGAAAUGUGUGUGUAGGUGUGAGAGACAUUGUAUAGAUAGGAAUGUGUGUGAAUAUGUAUAUAUUGAUAUAUAUUUUAAUAUUUCAGUACCUCUUAGAGGGUGAAAGAAUAGAGGGUGAAUCUUGAGUAACCAGAAAGAAACUGAGACUAAACCAAGAAGCUUAUCCAGUAAUAUAGGUCUGUAGGUGCUCAACAGCAGCAUUCAUACUUUUAAACUACCACAUCGGGUUUUUUUUUGGUCUUUCAUUAAUACAAGAAUUAAAGCAAAGCACUAAGUGAUACAACCUCUGAUGGAUUUAGCAGCAUGCACUUUUUUAUUUCACAUUUGCAACAUGCAGAAUGACAAAUUUGCACAUGUAAAUACAUGUACACCAACAUGCACAGAUCCAUUUAUAUAUAUGCUCUCUCUCACACACACACACAUGUACCAUAAUUUUGCUUAACAAAUCUGCCAAUAAAACGUGUUUGCAAGAAAUUAAA